AUGGAGCGGUCUAAGAAGCCCUCAGCCAUUGGUGUGGCCGCAUCACUACCCCAGCCCACCAUCACCUUCCGCGAAAACAAGAUCGAGGCCACCUUGCCCACCGGCGAGUCAGUCACCGUUCACUUGUAUGGAGCAACGGUCACCUCGUGGAAGCUUGCAAAUGGACGGGAACAGUUGUUCAUGAGUGAAAAGGCUCAUUUGGAUGGCUCCAAGCCUAUCCGUGGUGGCAUUCCCGUUGUGUUCCCUGUCUUUGGCCCUCCUCCUCCCAACCACGCUACCUCCUCCCUCCCACAGCAUGGCUUUGCGCGCAACUCCAAUUGGGAGUUCCUAGGCAAGUCAUCGUCCGAAUCGCUAGGAAAGAAGGAUUGUGAUGAUUCAGUCAAGCUCGACUUUGGUCUGUCUCAUACUAUGCUGAGCGAGGAAUUCCGGAAGGCUUGGCCGUAUGAGUUCGGCCUUUUGUACAGUGUCACCUUGAGCAAGGAAGGUCUGGAAACAUCCCUGCAAGUGCAGAACAAGGGCAACCAGAAUUUCGACUUCCAGGUUCUGAUGCACACCUAUCUCAGCAUUGAUGAUAUCUCGCAAAUCCGGGUUAAGAACCUCGAAUCCAAGACCUACAUCGAUAAGACCCAAAACGCUACUUCGCACACUGAGAACUCGCCUGCGUUGGAGAUCAACAAGGAGACAGAUCGUGUGUACAAAGCAUUGGACCCUAAGGUUCCCAUCAUCGUGGCAUCUGCCGCUGACGACAAGCCUAUUUUCUCUGUUACACGCGAGGGAUUGAACGAUGUCGUUGUCUGGAACCCUUGGAUCGAAAAGGCGAAGGGCAUGGCCGAUUUUGCCCCGGAUGAUGCAUACAAGAAGAUGAUUUGCAUCGAGGCUGGUUCCGUUGCUGGCUGGCAGACCUUGGAGGCUGGCGAGUCCUGGGAGGGAAGCCAGUCAAUCCGCCCGAGACUGUAG